AGAUCAAGCGACACUCGAAGGUGGAUGUUGGCGUUGGCGUCGGCGGCGGAGGGAGUCAACAGAUGGAGAAGAUAAACACAGACGGCUAGGGUUUCAAGUUCUACGUGUAUUUUUAGACUUUGGCGACGCUGAAAUUAUUGAAACCUGUCACCACCACCACCACCACCACCAGCUCUACGCAAGUUCGAUUCCGUUCCCACUCUGUGCCAGUCUCGAUCUCGGGGUUUGAUUUCUACAGCUACCUCCAUCCGCCAGGCGAGGGAAAGCAGACUUCUUGUUGUUUCUAGUUGGAUCGAAGCCCUCGUUGAAUGGAGAGUGAGAGGAGAGUGGAUCCCGAUUGCGUCAAUGCCUCUAAUCCCUUCCAUGUUUGUGCGGACUACUGCGCGCAGCGAGCUCGUGGAUUGAUGUCUGGCAACACCGGGAUGAAAUUAGCUCAUAAAGGUGGUAAAAGCAGCGAAGGGAUUGUAUUUGCAAACCGAAUUGUCGACCCUUCGUGUCCCAACGCAUCUAACCCAUUCCAUGAGUGUGCGGACUACUGCUCGCGGAGAAAUUCCAUGGUGAAUAGGAACUACGAGGUGAAAAGAUCAGGUCUCCUUUCUUUUCAGAUUCGGAAAUGGAUGCAAAAUUCCAUGAGAAACUCAGCUCAAAACCGAGGGAGUCUGAAAAAGCUUCAAGCGACUGUCUUUGCAGGAAGAAACGUAGAUCCUUCAUGCCCAAAUGCAAGCAAUCCAUUCCAUGAGUGCGCAGAGUAUUGCAAUAAUAAAAAGGCCGAUGUGAGAACAGAAAAUAAGAAAAAACCAGUGAAAAGUAUAUCAAAGUUGGAAGACAAUAGGAUGGUGGAUCGUAAAUGUGUCAAUGCAUCUAACCCCUACCAUGUGUGCACCGAGUACUGCAUCAAGAAGAGUAAAGAAAUAAGGCAUGAGAAAGAAAGUAAAUCGGUGGUAGUUCAGAAUAUGGAGAAGCAUAAAGAGUAUCUAGAGACAGCAAUUGCAGAAAGAAAUACAGAUCCCUUAUGCCCAAAUGCAUCCAAUCCUUACCAUCAGUGUGCAGAGUACUGCCCUUCAAGACAAAAUGGGGAGAAGAUAUCAGUUGUCAAGAAUUCGGAGAUUUAUGAAGAGGAAGGAGAGAUUAUAGUGGUGGUAGAUGAUGUGGAUCCAUCAUCCCAAUACACGUCCAACCCAUACAUUUCAUCAAUCCUCUCCACAAAAGACAUUGAAAUUAUAGGACAAAAUGGGAUGAUUAGCAAAAUGAGGUUCACUUAUACUAAGUACUCUUAUUUUUCACAUCCUUAUUUAUAGACCCGGAAUCUUGGGAAUUAUAAUUUUCUAUGUCUGCUUCUGUUUUUAUUCCUCACACUGAACUUACGAGUUGCAUGCUACAAUACUGUCAUUUCAUACUUAAAACAUGAUAUGUGUGGGUUUGCAGACAUCGAGAUGAUUGUUUACAUCUGGUGCCCGAGUUCUUUUAGAUUCUCAUUUUUUUUCCCUAAGAAAACUCAUUCACUAUGUAUCCAGAAUGGUCUAGUGAUAGAUUCAUCGACUUUGGCAUGAUAGGAAGAUUAAGAAAACUAAAGUCACAUUGUGGUUGGAAUCUAGCAAUAUCUACUUCAGAACGAGUUGAGUAAUUCAUGGUCACGUUGAGGGAUAUCCACUCUUUAACCAACAGAAAUUGAUACCAUGGUGCCACAAAGAUUCAACUCAAAUGCUAUCAACCACAAGCAGUCAGAAUAGUCGGUAAUGUGGGCAUCCUUGGUGAUGAGCUGAUCAACAUUUUGGAACAGCUACCAUUUUUGCAACUAACUAGCUAUACAAAUUACUGAAUUUCUUUAGCUGUCAUUUGUAAGUCUGAACAUACAAAAUUACGUUCUUUGGUUGAGUAACUUACCUGUUGCUUGUGAUCGAUGGAAUCUUAAUUUUCACUUGCCAGUUUGUUUAAACAAGUUUGGUUGCAAUAUUCUCUGUUAUCAUAUAUCUGAUAUUUUUAUUGAUUGUGAUGUUCAGAGCAUAAGCAACUGCAAAUAUGUCGGAGGAAAAGUCUGGAGUUGUCACAGGUUGCAGCAAACAACUCGAGCACCAAAGAGGCCAAGUCAAAUAACUGAUACUGUUCAAUUUUUUCUGGGGCAAGUUAUCAGUUUUUGUUUUUCCCCUGGGGGGAGUAAUUGUUUUAUCCCCCUAACAGAUGCAACUUCCUAACCUUUAAAUCGUUGUGAGCAGAUACAUCGUAGACUGUUGUUUGACAGUUGUUUGUUUGCUGGAUUUCUGUACUAUUAUGCAUGGUGUUUCAAUUGGGUUUAAGGAAAACAUAAGUCAAUUUGACAAAAAAGGAUUAGCUUUAUUUGCAUCAUAGUUACAAAAACCUAAAGAGAAAGGUUUAGUCCGACGCAACGCAUUUCUGUGCACCCACCGAUGCUCUCUGCUGCUCUGCGCGAGGAUAAAAGAUCGAUCAUUUGCUCGCUCCGCAGCCUUUCAUUCCACCGUCCAUGUCGGCCUCUGAGUGCCGCUCCCAAUCCGCCUUCGCGGGGGGACGGCGGCAUCUUCUGGUGGAACUCGGCCAUCACCGCUGCUCUCGACAACGGCGAGGUGGCGAACGCAUGGCAUCUCUUCGAGCAAAUGCCGCACAGGAAGAACCACGUCACCUGGAACUGCAUGCUCUCCGGCCUCGUCAAGAACCGCAGGAUCGCCGACGCACAGCGCGUCUUCGACUCGAUGCCCAGAAAGAACGUCGUCGCCUGGACACUUCUACUCACAGGCUACGCCAAGUGCGGCCUCGUCAAGGAAGCGCGCGACGUGUUCGACCGAAUUCCUGAGAAGAACGUGGUUUGCUGGAAUGCGAUGGUGUCGGGGUACAUUCGCAGUGGGAGCGUCGGGAAGGCAAGGGAGAUAUUUGAUGCAAUGCCGGAGAGAAAUAGCAACUCGUGGUCAAUCAUGGUUUCAGGGUACCUGAAGAACAAGCUCGUCAACGAAGCGAAGGUUUUGUUUGAUCGUGCUACGACUCGUGAAACGCACAUUUUCAACGCUUUGCUGUCCGGGUAUGUUGAAUUGGGCCGUCUGAGGGACGCCGUGGAAUUGUUCAGUCAAAUGCCCCAAAGGGACGUCAUAUCUUGGAACACGAUGAUUACGUGCUAUUCGCGAUAUGGGAAGAUGGAACUUGCUCAGAACUUGUUUGAUGAUAUGCCCAAGAAGGAUACGGUGUCAUGGACAGCACUCAUGCAUGGCUAUGUGAGGAACAAAAAUCUUGAUGCUGCUAAGAGAAUCUUUAAGGCCAUGCCGAAUCGCGAUGUCAUGACGUGGAAUACGAUGAUGGGCGGAUUAGUGCAGAAUGGCAUGCUUCAAGAUGCCUUGAAAUUGUUCACUGACAUGCCGGAAAAAGACAUUGUAUCGUGGAAUACUAUUUUGCAGGGUUAUGUUAAUCAGAGUGACAUGGCUGGUGCAGAAACAUGGUUUCAGAAGAUGCCCAAAAGGAGUGAAACUUCAUGGAACACGCUAAUUUCUGGAUACCGAGAUGACCAGGCUUUGGUUCUGUUUUGUGAUAUGGUGAAAGAGGGAUUUAGACCAGACCAAGGUACUUUCAGUGUUGUAAUCUCAGUGUGUGCUUCUCUUGUUGCUCUUGGUUGGGGGAAAAUGCUUCACCUCUGUGUGAUUCGAGCUGGUUAUCAGCAUGAUGUCUUAAUCAUGAGCUCCUUAAUUUCAAUGUAUUCAAGUUGUGGGCUGGUUAGUGAUGCUGCUCUAGUCUUUGAGUGCAUUUCAAAGAGGGAUACUAUCUCAUGGAAUGCCAUGAUCGCGACAUAUGCUUACCAUGGCUCUGUGGUAGAAGCUUUCCAACUAUUUGAUAAGAUGAUUCAGCAGGGAUUUGAUCCAAAUCAUUCAACAUUUUUGACUCUCUUGCUAGCUUGUGCUCACAAAGGUUUGGUUGAUGAUGGCUGUCGAUACUUAAUGUCUAUGCAGAAGGAUUGGAAUUUGAUUCCCAAAUCUGAACAUUAUUCAUGCAUGGUCGAUCUCCUCGGAAGGUCUGGACUUAUCAAUCAUGCUCAUGAAUUUACUGAGAAUAUACCAGUACAUCUUAAAACGUUUGCUUGGGAAACUUUACUAAGUUCAUGUAGAUAUCAUGGAAACUUGGAGAUUGGAGAAGUAGCUGCAAGAAGGGUCUUAGAUUCCCUACCUUCCGAUGGAGGAAUGCAUACCCUUGUAUCCAACAUGUAUGCUGCCAGAGGAAAGUGGGAGAGUGCAGAAAGUGUUAGGAUGUCAAUGAAAAAGAUGGGUUUAAAGAAAGAAACCGGUUGCAGUUGGAUUGAGGUAGAGGGCAGAAUGCGCUCUUUUGUAUCCAAUGAUAAAUCAGAUCCUCUUAUUGAGGAGAUAUGCCAAGAACUAGACAAUAUUUCACUCAUAAUAGAAGGUAGUAGCUGACAACGUCGAACAUGCCUUUUGUUUUUAAUUUAUCUGCAGAGAGGAGAUCCAUAAAUGGUUCGGUCUCACAAUAGAGCAGUAAGACAGAGACUUGGAGAUUACCUCAGUUGACACUUCUCACCAAGCAGUCCUCCACAAUCCAACAACCAUAUUUGUGGUUACCAGCUUUAACGAAGUCGUGUUUCAGAAUGUCAAUAUCAGCAAGUGACUCCGGAACCUCUGUUCUAUUCAAUUUUCCUGUAUUUGUAGGGUCAAGCAAGAAGAGAUUGCAAAAAACGUAGCAUUUGACACUGGAUGUCUCCUAAAUAAUAGAGCUACCUGUGCAAAUGUGUAAUGAGAGCAUCGACAUCACCUCUUAUAUAUCAACUACUCUCGAUGGUGUCCACCGACCAUCACUUUUUGGACAGCAAGUUGUUAAGCCAGUUGAUCCACUUCAUCAUGUCUACAGGUUUGUUUGCAAAGUCAAAAGACAAUCUGAAGUGCCAUCACAAGAUUUUGCUUGCUGUUGCGCAUUCCAUCUUUAGCUCUCUGGAGUAUAUAUUCUGAGGAACUGACAUGUAUAUCCUAUCAGCCAGGCAAAAACUUUUCCAACACAUUCAGUUCUGUAAUCGAUCAGUGCCAAGAAGCAACACAUUCCAAAGGUCCUUAUUUUGUUUCCCUUCUCUUUUUUCCACCUUCCAUUUUGCUCUCUCCUUGCUGUCGCUUUAGCAAUCUUGGUGGUGGGGGCGGAGCAAGGUUUCUUGUGUAGGGCAAAGCAAGAAGCAAAGAGAAAGGGAUGAUGCAUGCAUGCAUGCAUGAAUCCAUACAUGGGCCCUUGACAUCUCGGUGGAUUGGAGUGUUGCCUAAGUCAUGGCUUUAGGAAUCAUUGUCCUUACUGCUAUUCAUCUUCGAUCCCUUCUUACAGUAGGACGCCAUUUCUGAUUCAUGAAACAUAGUUUCCUCUCUAGUGUUUGCUUUAAGGAGCCAUGCCGCAAAUGGAGAUGCCGACUUAAUUGCUUCAAGGUGGAGAAGCUGGUCUUGUGGACCACUUAAAAGUGAUCAAACCCACUCGCUAUCUAUGCAAGGCUGCUCAUUUGUGCCAAAGUUGGCAUCCACUUGGUUACAUAGCUGUGGGAGGAGGAAUAACACAGAAAAUUUUACAUUUUUAUUUUUCUUAUGGUUUUGAGAAUUUAUUAAUAUUUUAUCUGUGCCUUUGCUUGUGAAGAACAGUGAAGAAAUUUCUUCUGCCACCGUGAUGCUGUUCGCAGAUGGAUACUUGUCUCCCUCCCCACGAGACAGCGCGACCCAAAGAUGUAGGAAGUGGAGACACAGCAAACCCCACCAUUCCUAUCUUCUAUUCUUCUUUCAUUUAUGUUUGGAAAAAUAUUAUUUCAUUCUUUUAAAAAUAAACAAACAAUAGAAGUGACUUAAAAUAUUUUAAUAUUUCAUAACUCUUACACUA